GUUUAACUCCUUUCUUCAAAACCAUCACCAUGGCGGUUGGUUUAUUGUCGCUUCCUACAGAGCUAAUAUGUCACAUUCUACUCUUCCUCACCCCCGAGGACAUUUGUCGCUGUGCAAUUAUCUGCAAAAUUGUCUGGGGUGCAGCUCAAAAUUCGGUCCACAUCCAAUACAAGCUUGAGCUAUAUGCCCAAGGCCUCAAUGAGACCGAUUCCGCAGAUGCAGAUUCCAUCGCCAUUGCAAGAAAGAUGUCCUCACUCAAGAACUUGGCAUCCUUGUGGCGAUCUGGUUUCCAUGUCAAUACUGUUUUCCAGGAUGUGGUUGCUUCAAACGAUCCUCGCAUACAGCCACAGUCCAUGAAAUGUGGGACUUUAUGGGUAUGGAGAAUGAACACUCUUUUGGUUCGAGACUGCAAGGACAAGACCAAAACCUCUCAAGUGUGGCCUAAACAUGACUUAUUCAAACAGUCUGUACAUAUACACAACUUGGUUGCGUGUUCAGUCGUCGUCGACCCACUGCAGGAUCUUGUAGUCGCAAUCUCAGCGCCUUCUGUGUUUCAUUCGGGCGAUGCUCAGCAAGAUCACCCCGUCUGUUGGGUCGACUUUUGGCAGGCUUCAUCCCGGCUUCCGCAUCCGGACUCUGCAAGCACUUCAUUGGAAUGCAGGCAUGCCGGUGAAUCUACUGCACUUUCCGUCAUUUGUAUUGUGGGUGGGCCUGCAAUUUGUGGGGAUCGUGUAGUUAUGCUCUAUUACACGAGGCAUCGCACUUCACGGAACACGGUGGGCGCGUCCAACAUGUUCAUACAACUUAUAGAUUGGAGGAAAGGUCGUGUUAAAAGACAUGCCUUAAGUGAAUCAGGAGAGCCAUUGUUUUACGAUUUACAUCUAGUCGACAAACACACAUUGGUUAUCAUCGAUUCAAAAGGUCGUAUAAUCUUGUACACAUUACAAGGACUUGAUGACACACCUCGGCAUCGAAUCACUUAUCUCCUUCCCAUUCUGAAACCUGGCCGUAAUUCAGCACCCCAGGUCGUGCCACACUAUGUUGUUUACGCCUCCCCAUCGUUCCACGGUACAGUAGCUCACCCAGAUCUAAUGCCCAGCUACGUACCCUCUAUGGAGUCACAGAUUAUGGUUCUAGAAACUCUCCCUGCCUCGUGGCCUGUAAUAAUGGUCAUUGAUAUGGCCAUGUUUUCAGAAAAGGCCAUACAAUCAGAGACUCGUGUUGAGAUUCCGUGGUCAGACUGGGGACCCAAGUAUACAUGGUGCUUUCCGCAUCAUCCAAGCCACCGAAUCAGUGUGUUCGGUAGCAAAAUGGCGUAUGCUCUUCCUCGAGAUCGUACUCCUGAACCUGGUCAAAGAGUGGAAGCACUCUCCAUCGAGGGACAAUUCUACGUACACAUCUGGGACUUCAAUAAGCGACUCAUUGCUCGCUCAGAAAAUAUACAUGACCCCAAUUUACCAGGAGUUGUGAUCCGCAAGCCUGUUUGGUUUGCUCAGUCGUGCCUUGACGAAGACUUCACCUCCAACCGUCCUUACAUGGCUUCUGUCUGCGCCGAGCCUUUUUCGAUGCAUUACCUUGACAGGAUUUUCUUAGAACAAGAUCGACUUACUGUAACGAGGUCACCUCCUAGCCUCAUUGAUAUUCAGGUUUUUUCACCCGUGCCGAUGGAGGUUAGCUUGGAGCCUGAAAGACAUAGAGAAAAGUCGUUUUAAUAUGUUUUAAGGCUCCUGGAGGACAAACGGGUGUUGUCACUUCGAAAGAAUUGCGUAAAUGCUUACUUUGACAUAGGUAGCAAAUGUAUAGUAUUCUUAGUUGCGACUCGAAUGUGAUCGUUUAUGAUAUCCGCACAAUC